AUGAAAACUUACGAAUUUGAGUUGAAUAAUAAGAGGAAUGUUUAAAGAGAAGAACUCUUCAUUUUGACAAUAGUUGAGAGGGUCUUGGCUGGUUUCUUAUCGUCAAUAUCUUUUGUUGAUCAAGCCUAAUUUUGUGAAUUGUUAUCGAGGAAGCAAAAGGAAAAAAAGUCAAUUCAAGCAUUACAUCUGUAGAUCUUGGGAACAAUCAAGCGAAAUCUGUUGAAGAACUAAUCACCAAUCAAAGAUCAUAAAACAAAUUACGAAAUCAGAACUGUUGUGUCUUAAUCAAUCGAUUCAAGAAAAAACUAUAUUUGUUUAUCUAGUAAGAAGAAGCAAGACAAUAAAGAACAGCAAACUACUGAAAUAGAGACUCAGUUCUAUGCACAACCCCAAUCAGUUAAAAGUAGAAGAUUUAGAUUAGACAAAGCGAGUAAUCAAGAUGGUAGGUUGCUAACCAAUGGAAGUUAUCAAUAAAAUGACUCAACAACAACAAGAGCUAUCAACCCAUUUUAACUGAAUAGUCCCAAUAGUACUCAAGCUGAUAACCAACUAAAAGAUUUGUCGAUUUAAAAAUAGUUCACAUCUAUCGACAGUAAUUUUAAGAUUAGAAAUCUGAAGCCCACUAUCAACAUAGUAAGUUAAGAUGGAGAAAUAGAAAAAUAAGUGAAUUACAAAAGCAAUUUCAAUUAAUAAUAAUAAAUAAAAGGAAUUACAAGUAAUCAAAAUAUUGCAUAAAAACAGAAUCAACCUUAUUUAGAACCUUAACUGAAUUAAUAAUCUACAAAUGGAUAAUCAAAGGCAGAAAUUUUAGAAACUAAUUUAAUAAAUGAAUCAAUUAAUCCAUAGGCUUAGAGUUAUUCGAGAAAAUAAUCUUAAAAUCUUCCUAUGGGAAGUGAUUCGAGUAAAAUGGAUUUAAAAGAGAAAUUGUAAAAAUAUUAUAGUAACGAUGAUGAUUUCAGUUCAUCAAGAAGACCUAUGACUCAGAGUGAUAGAUUAAAGCAGAUAACAUAUGGCACUCACACAGAGUUACCAUAUUUGGGUAAGGAUGGUAAAUAGAAGCAAUAGACUAUUCAGAGUGCAAAAUGUUUAGAUAAAAAUUAAGAGCAAGUGUAUUUAAAGCAGAGCAAAUAAGAUAAAAUUAAACAAUAAUAGAAAUCUGAAAAGUAGGAUGAAUAGAGCAACCCUUUGAUGAGUUUGAAGGCUGAUGAAAUUGAAAAGAAAACUGCAUUUCUAUCCCCUCCUUAAUCUUCUCGAACAUUACAAUCAGGAAAAUCAACGAAAACAAAAUUAAAAACAGUAUAAUCAAAUGAACAAAAAAUAGCAGAGAUCCAAUAAUAUCAUUAAUAAAAUUCUACAUCUAAGGAGGAAUCUCAAAUAUCAUUAUUAGAUUAAUCCUUGCACAAAUAAGAGAAUGUGCACUCUCAUUUUACUCCUAUCAGACCUGCUACUACUCAUAUUGAGGCCAAUACACAAUAAUAAGAUUACCCAUAAUUUUAGACCCAUGAUAACAUAGAUUAAUAAUCAUAAAAGUAUCAAUAAACAUAAUUGAUGCAAUAAAUAAGUAUGACAUCAAUUAUGCAUGAUGAUGAACAUAACUCAAAUAUGAGUCAAUAAAUUAAUAUAUAAGUAAAUUAAUGCGAACCUACAUAAAACACAAACAAUGUCAUUGUUGAAGAAUCAAUAGAAUGCUCUCCUAUGUAGAGAAUGCCUAAUCAAUAACAUGCGAUACCAUCUUUCAAUCAUCUAAAAUUGGAAGACCAAAAACAACCAAGUGCAUCUUAAAUUCACUCUUAGCAAAGACAACAAAUUUCUCCAUCAGAUAGAAAUUAACCAUCACAUUCGUAAAUACCGUUACAAUAAAAUCAAUAUUCAAUCAAUUCAACUUAAUCGAGGAUGUUGAUUCCAAUUAAUAAUACUUAAAAUAGUGCUAAAAACACUAGAUCAACAACUAAAUAAAAGUCUCAAUUGAGAGAGCAACAAUAAUAGCAAUAAUAAAGAUCAGAUGAGAGUUAGCCUGAAAGCAAAUUAACAAUAGAAUCGUCUUAAGGGGAAAAGUCAAAUAGAUCUAAGGCAGUCAAAAAUGCAAAGCAACUCAAGUUACCUGUUGCAGCAGCUGCGUUGAAUUUUGCAAGGAGGAAAUCCUCCAAUUAGAACUCUCCUCAUGAUCCAAAAAAGAUGGAAUAACUAGACAAGGAGAGGCAAAGAUAAAUGGAAUAUUAGAAGUAACUUGAAAAGAUGAAAUAUGAAAGGGAAUUAAUGGAGCAAUAUAAGAUUCCUGAUAACAUGCCGUUAUCGUAAAAGAGGGCUAUUAUUGAAUAGUUGAUUAACCAAUUAGAAUCAAUUGCAGAUCAAGAUGUGAAAUAUUAGAUUAUGCUAUGUAUCACAUAUUAUGUUAUUUGUUUAGACAAGCAACGAUAAGAAUAGAUUUAAAAUGCUGCCAAACAAGAAUUAGUAUUUAGUCGUAGUUUGGAUAAUUGUUAUGAAGAAUUGGGUCAUCUUUCAGAAUAAAAGCUGAAAAUAUUGGGAAAGGACGAUUUAAAUAAGAUUUAGUUUUUAAAAUUCGAAGAUUAAGUGUAAACAUCUUUUCCAGGUUAGCAAAAGGCCUUUUCAUAAGAUAUCAAUUCUCCUAUAAAAAAGAAUUUGAAAUUUCUUAGUAAAUUGGACCCUGUGGAAAUAGAAAAGUAAAUGAAUAGAAUCAAAGAAUUCAAGUAGGAAACAGAAAUGUUGAGAUUUUUCUAAUCCUUCAAUUCUUAAUAUGACAAAGAAGUUAAUCAAUGCGAUCUUGACUUCCCAACUGAAAAAGAUAGAUAAUACUCAGUGGAUCAUUAAAGAGGAAUAUUACCCAAGACUACUUAUAAGAGGAAAAAAACUAAGAAAUAAAGCACAAAAUUAAUGAUAAGUACUUACAGAUUAGAUCCUAAGAAAUUAGACACAUUAUUGCAAGCAACUGACAAAAUAAAGUCAGUUGGCUAAUUUUUAUUAUGA